AUACUCACAGUUACAGUUUAUUUCAGGGAAAGGAUAGAGAUCAAAAUUAGCCAAAGAAAGAGACUGAUAGAGCAGAGUCUGAGAGGGUUCCAAAUGUGAAGCCUCUGGGGUCCUCAGAAUGCAUUACCCUGCUGAUUUGGAUGUGUGAGACAACACAUAUAGAGUACUGCCAAUCAGGGACACUCACCUGAGCUUCAGCAUCCAGAGUUUUUAUUGGGGCUUCAUUACAUAGGGUAUGAAUGAUAGACUUAUUGUCCAUGUGGUUGAACUCAGUCUCCAGCCCCCACCCCACUCUCUGGAGGUCAGGCUGAUAUCACCCGGCCUAAGGGGCCUACCACGAGUCACCUUGUUAGCAUAAACUGUCAAAUGGUUGUUCAGCCACACCUUUAAUAUAUUUAUAUAUAUCCAACAGAAAGCCAUAUAUAUGUCCCCCCCAAAAACCUGAACAAGAUGUUUAUGGCAGCACUAUAGCAUCUGAAAACUGAGAACUACUCAACUGCCCAGUAACAGUAAAAUGAAUAAACAAAUUAACAAAUUGUGUUACAGUCACACAAUGAGCAUUUAGAAUAAUAAACAAUAUGGAUGGAUCUCACAAAACUAUUGAGCAAAGGACCAGGCGUGGUUGUUCAUGCCUGUAAUUCCAGCACUUUGGGAGGCUGAGGCAGACGGAACAUGAGGUAAGGAGUUCGAGACCAGCCUGGCCAACAUGGCGAAACCCCGUCUCAACUAAAAAUACAAAAAUUAGCCAGGCAUAGUGGCAAGCCCCUAUAAUCCCAGCUACUUGGGAGGCUGAGGCAGGAGAAUUGCUUGAACCCAGGAGGUGGAGGUUGCAGUGAUCUGAGAUCGUGCCAUUGCACUCCAGCCUGGGCAACAAGAGCAAGACUCUGUCUCAAGAAAAACAAACAAACAAACAAAAAAACAAAUUAAGCAAAGGAAGCAGACACAAAGGAUCCAAUACUGUAUGAAUCCAUGUAUGUAAAGUUCAAAAAUAAGCAAAAUGAAUCUAUGCUGUCAAAAUACAGAAGAGUGGUUAUCACUGCAGAGAAAGUGACUGGAAAAGGGGUGUGGGAUCUUGGGGGGCUGUAAUGGCUGUUUCUUGACCUGGAUACUAGAUAAAUAGAUGAGUUCAAUAUGUGAACAGUCACCAAGCUGUGGGCUGAUGAUUUGUGCACUUUUAUGUAUAUAAAGCAUCUUUAAACAUCAUGUAGGGGCAUCUGGGUUCUCCCCACUGAGGUGCCAGUGACGGGUCCAGUACCUGGAUGUCCCUAUCCUAUGCUGAAGGAGAGGUACACUGGGCACAGUGGAUUAUUCACUUAAAAAGAGUAGAAAAUGUGCUUUCUCAACUCAUAGCUGCAAACUCUACAUUGAAAGAUACUGAGACUGACAUAGCAGCUCAUGGAAGAGGGGAAUCUAUGCAAAUGAAACUGGGCAAAACUUUAAAUGAGAAAAUAUGAUGAAAGCUAUCUUCCCCUCAGUGUCCCAGAUGGUAAUAAUGAAGCUCAUUGUGUCGUACACAACAGAACAUACUUAUACACUAUCAUAAUGCCAGCUAAGUUGUGGCAUCAUUUUGAGACCAAUCAUUUAGAGUUUAAAGAAAAAAUGAAAUAUUUUAAGUGUAGAUAUUGUGGGCUCUUUAAAAGCCAAACAUUUUUAUACCUUUUCUCGAACUCCCGAGCUCAGGUGAUUUGCCCACCUCGGCCUCCCAAAGUGCUGGAAUUACAGGCGUGAGCCACCACACCCAGCCUGUUAUCUUUUCAAACUAGAAAAGGCCAUUGAAGCAUCCUAGAGGUUUUAAUUUCUAAUAAGGUAAAUAUUCAUAACUGCAACCCAUAUCAAUAAAAAAUCCUCUUUGUGGUCCUCAAUAUAUUUUCUUUAAGAGUAAAGAGUUCUUGAGACCAAAGCAUGAGAAAGCCACAUAGAUUAUCCUCAGCCUUGUUACUAGGCUUAGUUCUUCCUCAUAAGGAACCGCUGCUUUGGAAUUCCAAGCAUGUAUGUAAGUCCCUGGCUUGGCUGAGGUUACUGGUUCUUCUUGUUCUUUUUUCUUUUAUUUUUCUAAUUUUUAAGUUCUUUUUUACUCAGCAUUUCCUUUUCAGUUUGUCGCUUUUGCUUAUUUGAUUUUUGUCCAGUAUUGUGUUUUGAUUCCAUUAUAGAGAUCCGUUCUUCAGGUGAACUAUGCAAGUGAUUUUCUUUUCAGGUGAUUUGGACCAAGCUUCUCACCAGCUUUUCCCAAAAUUAAGCUGACCUGGGACACCUUGACUCCGAGCCCAGUAGUAAGUCCCACACGCUGCAGGGCCUCUCAGCCAUCUCUGCUGAGGAGGGAUCCUUAUUGGCAGCGAGGAUCCUUGAGACCAUCGUCAAGGACAACCUGGCUAAGGUGGGGUUGGCCUGGGACAUCCUGACUGGGAAAGCAGCCGCCGUGAAUUUCAUUGAUGAGACUCAGCAGAUCUCCUCCAGCCUCCAGACACCAUCCACAAAGUAGGAAUCAUGAAGGCUUGGAUCACCCCAACAUAGUGAAGUAUUUGCUGUGAUUGGUAGUGAGGAAUCUCUGCCUCAUCACAAAGCACGCUAGCGAGAAGUUUGUGAAUACCUGCUCACAGCAGCAGGAAAGAGGCCUGAAGCAAAUUCCACCAAAAGUGUCUGCUAUGCAAGCUGUUACCAGAAGUGCAUUGUCCACAGAUAUUGUGUAUUGUCACCAGAAAUAUAUUGUCCAUGUUAACAUGAACAUCGCAGAUUGGGUUCAGGAAUAAAUUCGCCUUUCGCAACAAGCUGGAUACCUUUUUUGGCAGUCCCCUUAGGCUGCCCUGGAAUUCUUCUAGGGCCACAAAUAUGAGCUGGUGGAUGUAUGGUGUCUGCGAGUUAUCCUGUAUAUACUGGUAAAUGGAUCCUUAUUUUUCGAUGGACAGAACUUCAAGGAGCUAUAGGAGCAGGUACUGAGCAGGAUGUAUUCCAUUCCCUCCCCCAUGUCCCCGGAGAGUGAAAACUUGCUGAAGAAAUUUCUCAUUGUCAAUUGCAGCAAGAGAGGCCCUUCAGAGCCAGUGUGAGGGGUCCAUGGAUGAAUGUGAGUCAUGAAGGUGAGGAACUUAAGUGCUGUGUGCAGCCACUCUCCCACUGGGAGGACCCCCUGCAAACUAAGUUCAUGGUAUCCAUGGGUUACAGACAGGAAGAUAUCCAGGACUUGCUGAGGAGUAUGAGGAAGCAGUGGUCACCUGCCUGCUCCUGGGUUCUGCUUUCAUCCCAGGAGGUACAGCUCAGGGUCUCUGCCAGCCCGGGAGCAGCAGUGGUUUCAACAACCUGCCUUUCCCAUCUUUCACGGCCUGAGAAGACUCAAAGGAGCCACCCAGAGUCUGAACAGGAUCAGGAGACAGGGCAGAAGGGCAGCAACACAGCAAUGCACCAGCCAGCUCCCUACUAGCCUGGAGGGGACGAACCCCACCCCCGCUGUGAACAGCGACCUCUCCACCAACACCAAAAUGAGCAAGAAUUCCUCACUCGGGGCAAAAGCCGGUUUGGCCAGACCUCCACCCAGAACGACAAUGGCAGCCCCACAGCGCUGGGGCCUGAGGCCUCCUGAGCUCUUGCUUCUCACCUCUACCCCGUCUCCCCGGCCACCAGCCCGGGAAUCCCAGUCGGUCUCCUUGCAGCCCAACCAGGCCUCGGUGCUGCACCCCACAGUGAGCAGCUGGGGGGUGCCCGCCCGGCACAGUCCCUCCAGAGUGUCCCUGCGGCCUCCCUUCUACCCGCGUCAUCAGCGGAGUGGGCAGAGCCCCCGAUGGGACCAGGUACGCGCGGCCGGGCAGCCCAACAGGUGCCAAGCCCCAGAAAUGGGGCUCAACAGGGUGACUCCAGCCUCUCCCUCUGGCAAAGGCGGCGGCCAGCAGAGGGCCGCCGGGAGCUUCUUCAGCAAGUUCAAGUUCAAGUUCACAAGCUGGACUCAGCUGCCGGUUUGCCUGAAGGAACAAUAAGAACCCGUCCUUCGCCUGCAGUAUUUAAACGACUGUCGGUGGAAGUUCACGUCGUGCUCCUCUUUCGACAGCCGUUGGGUAACGGAUCAAAACCCUUAACGGCCGCGGCUGGAGCGCGAGCUCGGGGCGCCGAGGGGCUCCGGGCCCGAGCGUCCACCGCUCAUCUCCUGGGCUCGGGAGGUUUUCGCGGCGGGGGCUCAGCCCCAGAUCCCGGGACUCAGGAGGAGCUGGGCCGAGCUGCGGGAGGCGUGGAAGCCCCAGGAGAGAGUUUUGCACUACGAAAAAACCAUAUGCAAAUUGCCUAGGAAGAGCUUAGAUUCUGUGGCCAAACUGCAAGCGGCCGUUGCUAAAAUGGGAAGCAUUUACAGGAAAAAACAAACGGUUUCAUCGAGGUGGAUUCGACGACAAACUAAGCGAAGGCAAAAACAUCGCGGGAGUCGACGUGGAGACAGAUAAGGCCCAGAGCUCUGACCAGACACUUAGUACUUCAUCACUAGUCCCUGGCUGCUGCUCUGUGGAUAACAGCAGCUCAUGUAAGCCAACCUCACAAAACCAGGGGCCGUCCACCUCCUUCACGCAGGCAUGAGGAGGCUUCAGAGGCCGAGUCCGAAGUGGCCAACCACAACUUCCAGGAGCAAGAGGGCCAUUUCAUAAUGACUAGGGGUCAAUUCUCCAGAAAGACAUAGCAGUCUUUAAUAUGUAGGGACCUAACAACAGAGCCUCAAAAUAUGGAAUCCAUCAAAGGAGAGAAUCGCAAGAAAAACCAGACAGAUCCACUGUUAUAGUUGGAUAUCUCAACACCUAUCUACUAAUAAUUGAUGGACUCAGGACAUAGCUGAGCUGAAGGACAUCGUCAAUCAGCUGGACCUGUUGAUAUGUAUAGACUACUUCAUCCAACGAGUACAAAUAUACACUCUUCUCAAACUCAGAUGAAAUAUUCGCCAAGAUAGACCAUGGUCUGGGGCAUAAAACACACUUCUAACAAAUUUGAAAGAGUAAAAAUCUUACAAAGUAUACUCACAUCACAAUGGAAUUAAACUGGAAAUCAGUAACAGAAAGACAGCUGGAAAGCCACCAAAUAUUUGGUCAUUAGACAACAUGGUCCCAAAUAACACAUAGGCCAAAGAAGUCUCAAGAGAAAUGUUAAAAAAUAUUUUGAACUAAAUGAAAAUGAAAAUAUGACUCAUCAAAAUUUGUGGGUUGCAGCAUACCCACAUUUGGUCAUUAGACAACAUACUUCCAAAUAACACAUGGGUCAAAGAAGUCUCAAGAUAAAUUUUAAAAAAUAUUUUGAACUAAAUGAAAAUGAAAAUAUGGCUUAUCAAAAUGUAUGGGAUGCAGCAAAAGCAGUGCUAGAGGAAAAUUUAUAGUAUUGAAUGAAUCUAUUAGAAAAGAAGAAAUAUGUAAAAUUAAAAAUCUAAGCUUCCACCUUAGGAAACUAGAGAAAGAAGAAUUACAUAAACCUAAAACAGAAGAAAAAAAUUAGAAAAAAAAUGGAUGACAUUAAAAAGAGGAAAAUUAUAGAGAAAAUCAAAACAUAAAAGCUGAAACCAAAAGCUAAAUCUUUGAAACAAUAAGUAAAAUUGAUAAACUUCUGGACUGGCUAGCCAAGAAAAAGAGAAAACACAAAUUACUAAUAUCAGAAAUAAAAAAGAGUUUAUCUCUACUAAUCCCACAGACAUUAAAAGUCUAAUAGAGGUUCUAUGACAGCCAUGUAAGAAGAAAAAAGUCGGGUGGGCACGGUGGCUCACGCCUGUAAUCCCAGCACUUUGGGAGGCCAAGGUGGGCAGAUCACCUGAGGGCAGGAGUUCAAGACCAGCCUGGCCAACAUGGCAAAAGCCUGUCUCUACUAUAAAUAAAAAAUUAGCUGGGCGUGGUGGCGGUUGCCCAUAAUCCCAGCUACUGGGGAGACUGAGGCACGAGAAUGGCUUGAACCCAGGAGGCGGAGGUUGCAGUGAGCUGAGAUUACGCCACUGCACUCCAGCCUGGGCAACAGAGCUAGACUCCAUCUCAAAAAAAAAGAAAAAGAAAAAAAAAAAAGGCUGGGCGUGGUGGCUAACGCCUGUAAUCCCAGCACUUUGGGAGGCCAACGUGGGCGGAUCAUGAGGUCAGGAGAUUGAGACUAUCCUGACCAACAUGGUGAAACCCCAUCUCUACUACAAAUACAAAAAUUAGCUGGGUGUGGUGGCAUGCACCUGUAGUCCCAGCUACUCUGGAGGCUGAGGCAGGAGAAUCGCUUGAACCCAGGAGGCGGAGGUUGCAGUGAGCCAAGAUUGCGCCACUGCAUUCCAGUCUGGUGACAGAGCAAGACUCCGUCUCAAAAAAAAAAAGUUUUAUGCCCACAAAUUUGAUAACUUAGAUGAAAUGGACCAAUUCCUUGAGAGAGACAAUCUACCAAAACUCACCAAAAGAGAAAGAUAAUCUUAAUAGACCUAUAUCUACUUUUAAAAUUGAAUCAAUAAUCAAUAAUCUUCCAAAAAAGAAAGCAUCAAGCCCAAGUGUUUUCACUGGCGAAUUCUAAGAACUAAUAGCACUUCUCUACAAUCUCUUCCAGAAAAUAGAAGCGGAGGGAAUAUUUCCUUAGUUCUGUGAAACCAGCAUUAUUCUAAUACAGAAACAAAAGAUACUACAAGAGGGGAAAACUACAGACCAAUAUAUCUACCAUGUACAAAAUGUAUCUUUUUUUGUGUCUUCUGUAUUAGAGAUAUAAAAAUUCUGGACAACAUAUUAGCACACGAAAUCUGCUGUGGUUUGAAUGUUACUGUCCAAAAUUCAUGUUGAAAUGUCCAAUGCAAGAGUAUUAAGAGGUGGGGGUUUUGCAGCCUUCAGCGUUGUUCCGUUCUGCCCCUUCAGCCAUGUAAGGACACAGUGUUCUUCCCCUCUGAAGGAUGAGGCAAUGAAACGCCAUCUUGGAAGCGGAGAGUAGCCCUCACCAGAAAACUGAACCUGCCAGUGCCUUGAUCUUGGACUACCUAGCUCCAGAGCUGUGAACACAUUUCUGUUCUUUUAUAUUACCCAGUCUCAAGUAUUUUGUUAUAGCAGCACAUAUGAACUUAAACAGAAUUCAACAAUGUAUAAAAAGAAUUACAUGCUAUGACAAAGUGAGAUUUAUCCCAGGUAUGCAAGGCUGGUUUGACAGGAAAAUCAGUCACUAUAAUCCAUUACAUCAA